GUGAGAGGGUCGGGUGGCUUCCACCAUCCAGGCCCAGCCAGGCCAGGGCAGACACGGAACCCAGGUUCCCCGGCCGCCGUUGCGGUGCUGGUGCCCCUCUCCCGCGUCCCGCCCAUAGCCGCUGGCUGUCCUUUAAAACGAAUAACCGAACUGGGAGGCGAAGUUUCGGUUCCGAGAGAACACCACGGGUGCCGCUGGCUGGAUCGUCUGAUUUGUCUGCAGACAGAGUCAUCAAGUGCGUCACUAAAAGCAUUUCCCAGUUGGUCUCUUGAUCUCUUGACCUCGCCCUCUGGUCGUCAUGCGUCGGCUCAUAUCGCGAAGCGUCACCGCCAGCGCCAGCCGCUCGCCCGCGACGUCGGCCGCUCCUCGCUCGUCCCUCGCCGCCGCCGCCUCGUCGUCGUCAUCCACUUUCAACAUGGCCUCGCACGCCUCCGUCGCCGCGAGGCGGAUACACGCCACCGCCCAGCAGCUCAAGCCCGCGGGCGCGGCCCUGGCCUCGACGGCCACGAGCUACCCGACGACGCACGACAAGAUCGCCACCGUCGAGGACACGCCGUACUUUGUCGACAACAAGUUUGUCCAGUCCAAGACGGACAAGUUCAUCGACCUGCCCGACCCGGCCACCAACAACCUCGUCACCCGCGUCCCGCAGAUGACCGACGAGGAGAUGAGGGCCGCCGUCGCCAGCGCCGAGCGAGCCUUCGAGUCGUGGCGCAACACGACCGUCCUGGCCCGCCAGCAGAUCAUGUUCCGCUUCGUCCAGCUGAUCCGCGAGAACUGGGACCGCCUGGCCGCCAGCAUCACCCUCGAGCAGGGCAAGACCUUUGCCGAUGCAAAGGGCGACGUCCUGCGCGGCCUGCAGGUCGCCGAGGCCGCGAUCGGCGCCCCUGAGCUGCUCAAGGGCGAGGUUCUCGAGGUAGCUAAGGACAUGGAGACCCGCACCUACCGCGAGCCUCUCGGCGUCGUUGCCGCAAUCUGCCCCUUCAACUUCCCCGCCAUGAUCCCCCUCUGGUGCAUCCCCAUUGCCACCAUCACGGGCAACACGCUCAUCCUCAAGCCCUCUGAGCGUGACCCCGGUGCUGCCAUGAUCCUGGCCGAGCUCGUGCAAAAGGCGGGCUUCCCCGAGGGCGUCGUCAACGUCAUUCACGGAGCGCACCGCACCGUCGACUUCAUCCUCGACGAGCCGGCCAUCAAGGCCAUCAGCUUCGUCGGCGGCAACAAGGCAGGCGAGUACAUCUUCAGCCGCGGCUCGGCCAACGGCAAGCGCGUGCAGGCCAACCUGGGCGCCAAGAACCACGCCGCCGUCCUGCCCGACUGCAACAAGAACCACUUCAUCAACAGCGUCGUCGGCGCCGCCUUUGGUGCCGCCGGCCAGCGCUGCAUGGCGCUGAGCACGCUCGUCAUGGUCGGCGAGACCAAGGAAUGGCUCACCGAGGUGGCCGAGCGGGCGCGCGCCCUGCGCGUCGACGGCGGCUUCGAGGAGGGCGCCGACCUGGGCCCCGUCAUCUCGCCCCACAGCAAGGAGCGCAUCGAAAGCCUCAUCGCCAGCGCCGAGAAGGAGGGUGCGACGGUGCUUCUCGACGGCCGCGGCUACAAGCCCGAAAAGUACCCUAACGGCAACUUCAUCGGUCCCACCAUCAUCUCCAACGUGACGCCCGACAUGACCUGCUACAAGGAGGAGAUCUUUGGCCCCGUCCUCGUGUGCCUCAACGUCGACACCAUCGACGACGCCAUCGAGCUCAUCAACAAGAACGAGUACGGCAACGGUGUCGCCAUCUUCACCCGCUCCGGCCCCACGGCCGAGACCUUCCGCCGCAACAUCCAGGCUGGCCAGGUCGGUAUCAACGUGCCCAUCCCCGUGCCGUUGCCCAUGUUCUCCUUCACGGGCAACAAGAAAAGCAUCGCCGGCGGCGGUGCCAACACCUUCUACGGCAAGCCCGGCAUCAACUUCUACACGCAGCUCAAGACGGUGACGGCCCUGUGGCAGAGCGCCGACGCUGUGGCCAAGAAGGCGUCUGUCCACAUGCCCACGCUGCAAUAGAAGCUUCAUCUUUCAUCGUAUUAGUUGGAGUGCUGAGAGUAAGUUUCGCUGGCUUCAAGGGAUUGUCUUGUUCGUGCGUUGGGUGAUGCGCGGGAGGUCCAAGGAACCAAGGGUUACAAAAAGGCAGCUAGCCAGCUAGCCAAAUGCAGAAUGAAUCGAGGGGAAAUGCCAAUAAAUUGCUACAAAUACCGGGAGGGCUUCCUUUUGAUGACAUGUUAGAAAAGGUUGUCGCUGCUUCUGUGACUUGUUUGCGACUUGUUUGCUUUUCUGCCGCUUGGUGCCACCUGAUACUCCCCUUGGAUAGCACUUGCCUUCUAUGUCAGUCAGUUCCUUCCUGCCUAUCACCAAAACGUCCCACUUGGAAAAUCAUUGCACUAUUAGAUGUUACCUCCUUC